CGUUGCCGCUGAUCCUCACCUGCAAGCGCGCGCUGACCUCCACAGCCAUCCGGAGCACCCAGGCUCGCGCUGUCCCGUCCGCUAGCCUCACCGACAGCAUCGCCACAGCCAUGUCCGGAGAUCACCCGUGCUAGGAGUCGUAGUCUCCAUUUGCAAACGUCCCCCCUUCUGUGUUUGUGUGAUGGCGGCAGAAGUCCCCAGCCCGGUUACGGUUGCCGGGCCCUCCAGGGUGUGGUGUAGGCGGAGCCGGAAGGUGGGCGUGGCCGAUAUCUUUGUGGGCGUGUCUGUGCGUGAGCUUCAGCAUCUGUUCCGCUCGUCAGGAGAUGAGGAGGCGGAGCAACGAGCACAGGUGGUGUGGGGGCGGGGCGACCCAGCAGAACUCACCCAGGCGCUCAUAGGACUACGUGCGAGGGGGCGGAGAAACCGGAGCUCUCGUCACACACUUGGCCCCCGCUGGCUACGAGCCUUUGGACACCUCAGGAUCAGUGAGAGUUCUUCGAGUCGGGACGACGACGACGAUAAGGAGGGUGAAGCUCAGACACACUCUGAUGGAGACAACGCUGCCACUCACACACACACUCCGACACAAACGCACACACACACACACACUCCAGGGACCAGGGAGGGGGGAGAGGUCAGGAGGGGGGCAGAGGAGUCCCCCCCAGCAGUGGACACACAGACUGCCCCCUCCCUCACCAGCAGAGUGGGCCUAGCCUUCCGCCGAGGGGGAGAGGGCAACCCCGAACGCUACCUCCACCGCAUCAUACACUAGCACACACACACACACACACACACACACACACACACACACAGCACUCCGCCGAGGGGGGGAGAGGGGAACCCCGAAUGCUACCUCCACCGCAUCAUACACUAGCACACACACACACACACACAGCAUUACUCUGAGGGGGAGAAGGACACCUGGAACGCUACCUCCAAUGCAUCAUACACUAACACACACACACACACACCACUGCGUUGGGGGGGGGCGGGGGGCUAAGGGAAUCCCGAAGGCAACCUCCCCCACAUCAUACACUAACACUGAGACUCACACAUAGAUUCCCGAGUUUCCAUAAGGAAUACGUCUCUUACACAGAUUCACCCGUAUCCAUAUGGAAUAUGUGUGUGUUUCCAUAUGGAAUAUGUCUCAUACACAGAUCCACGUGUGUUUCCAUGAGGACCAUGUGUUGCUCUCUUCCCUGGAUGUUUCUGUACGGAGCAUGUUUGUAAAGAAGAGUCGAGAUGCUGCUGUAGAAUGCUGGUGUCCUUUCUAU